CCGCGGUAUUUUGUAUUUCAGGGGUUUCCGCGUGCGUUUUGCCAUAUUGAAGUUAAAUCCAGAUAAGGCGACAAAAACUGCUGACAGAGUUGUUCGGUGAGAGAGAGCGGUCAGCAUGUCGUCUUUCUCCGAGUCUGCGCUGGAGAAGAAGCUGUCUGAACUGAGUAACUCGCAGCAGAGCGUUCAGACUCUGUCUCUGUGGAUCAUUCAUCACCGCAAACAUGCAUCCUUCAUCGUGCGCGUGUGGCACAGAGAACUGAAGAAAGCUAAACGCAGCAGGAAGUUGACGUUCCUGUAUCUGGCUAAUGACGUGAUUCAGAACAGUAAGAAAAAGGGUCCCGAGUUCGCCAAAGACUUUGAGGGCGUCCUGGUUGAUGCCUGCUCACACGUGGCCAGAGAUGGAGAUGAUGGUUCUAAGAAGCAGAUGGAGAGGUUGCUGAACAUCUGGCAGGAGCGAAGCCUCUACCGUUCAGACUUCAUCCAGCAGCUCAAACUGGCUAUUGAGGACUCAGACAGUCCCAAACACAAGCCCGCAGUAGAUGAUAGAAAAAAUUUAAAGAGAAGCUACCAGAAGGUCCAGGAGGAAGAGGAGGAGGAAGAUGAUGAUUAUAGAGGUCACUAUUCUCCCCAGGAGACGGACGCAGCCGCUCCACAACUGACGGAGGAUCUGGUGAAAGCGCUGCAGGAUCUCGAGAACGCUGCGUCCGGUGACGCUGCCGUGAGACAGAAGAUCGCAUCCCUUCCACAGGAAGUGCAGGAUGUUUCUCUUCUGGAGAAGAUCACAGAUAAACAGGCGGCAGAUAAGCUGUCAAAGACGGUGGACGAGGCCUGUCUGCUGCUGGCUGAGUACAACGGACGCCUGGCCGCUGAGUUAGAGGACCGGAGACAGCUGGCCCGAAUGCUGACAGAAUACAUCCAGAGCCAGAGAGAUGCGCUCAACGAGAGGGAGAAGAAGCUGGAGGAGUACAAGCAGAAACUGGCUCGCGUCACACAAGUGAGGAAGGAGCUCAAGUCUCACAUCCAGAGUCUUCCAGACCUUUCUCUCCUACCGAACGUCACCGGCGGCCUCGCUCCUCUCCCGUCUGCUGGAGAUCUGUUUUCCACCGAGUGAACAUCUCUAUGAGACUCACAGUCCUGUACGAUCAGACACUGGGUUCCUCCUCACUGACAGUAACAUCAGUAAUGGAGCGAGUGAUGAAGAUCUGCUUUCACACGUUUGUUUUUCAUUAGUUCUCAUGUCAGCUAAACCUCACGGAGAUCAAACCCGCCAGUCGAUCCGUCGUUAAACCGGACUCAAAGUGUGGAGCUUUUGUUUUGAUGUGACUUUGCUGUGGAAAGCAACUCCCUUUGCUUUGUCUUAUGUCUGUAGGUUUUUAGUUUUACUGCUCAAGAGUUUAAUUUCACUUCAUUUUGGUUUUGGAAGAAACUAAACAUGAGGAUUCAGUUUUAAACACUUCACUGCUAAUGACUCAUAAUGUUCAUGAUAUCAAGAAUUAUUAAUUAGAAACUCAUGCAAACUGUGAUAUAUUUUGGUUACAAACCUGACCUGUUUUUCUUCAAAUGAUUAUUUUGAUGAUAAAUACAACAGAUUUGCUGAUAUUUGUGAGAAGAAUACAGUGUGAUCGCAUUCUCUUCUAUGGUAUGAGUAGUGUCUCUCAUUAAAUAUGACUGAACACAUUCAGCAACAAAAUUAUUUGUGAUAUUAGUGGAUCCUUGGAAUUUGAUUUGAAUGGAUUGCUGUAUUAGUGACAUGUAAAUGAGAAUGUGAUGCGUUGAAAUAUAAAGUGGCCAAACUCUGUUCAAUACAUUUCUUAUGUUAAAUUCACAGAUGAGUGAACACUGUGUGUGUUUAUGCUGUUGCUGAUUACCACCAGGAGGGAAAAAAAACAAAAUACAGAGAAAACUGAAGUGAAGCAUUUUCUAGUCUCACAGGUCUUUGGGAGAACAUAUAGUUCAGGGAAAUCAUGUUUUUAAAGAACUCUUCAUACAGUAAAGGUGAUACACGGCCUGUUCAUGGAAGAUUAAUUAAUUUAUUGUUUCAAAUCUAACACACAGAUGAAGUGAGAAGUCAUCUUAUUCUCUCUGCCCAUUUUGUCUACGUUAAUGCCCCUAUUCUAAUCCAACUUCUCUAGAUAUCCUGCUGUUUACUUCAUUUUCUGAGCUCGGAUGUGUCCCAGGGUUUUGGUUUUGUUAAUGGCGUAGGCCGCAGCGAGCUGCUUAUCACAACAUGGAUCGAUUCAUCUUUUGCAACAUGAAGAAUAAACUCAUUCGCUUGGUAAUACUUUGUUUGUAAAUUGUUUAUUGAAUGGCCAAGACAGUCAACGGAUCGAGAAAUCCCGAGUUAUAUACUGUAAUCUUGUGUACUAGAACAUGCUAGCUAGUUUUCAGUCAGCGGCUAAUAAAACAAGCAGGGAAACGACAGAACGGACAGUUACCGUGAAAGCAAACACUGCGCUAAGAACCGAACAAAGACUGGAAAAGGCCGGAUCAAACCGGUCACGACACACGGGUCUGAGUAGAGAGUAGAUGACAGAAGUUUCUCGAACUUUCUUCCCCGUCCUCCGUCGCUUCUGGGACCCGCGCGAUGUUUUUCCUCGAUAAUAAUAACACGUCGCUAGAUUGAUUUGUUGUAUAACAACUUAAAAGUAUAUUGUAAAACAA